AUGUGGCGUGACGACCCUUCAAAGGAAAUCUCUACGUUUCAACUUACUACCGUCACCUACGGCAUGAACAGCUCCCCCUACCUUGCUAUUAAAACUUUAAUGCAGUUAGCGGAAGACGAAGGUGAUGCCUUCCCUCAGGCUUCUCACUCUCUACGUCAUCACACCUACGUGGACGACAUUAUCACGGGUGCUGACUCCGUUGAGGCUGCUCUUGAACUACAGGACCAACUUAUCCAACUUCUACAUCGUGGUGGCUUUGAACUUCGCAAGUGGGCCUCCAACUCCUCUGCUCUUCUAGAAAAAUUUCCUUCGGAACAUCUAGAGACUCCAAGUUUCCUGCAAGACGCUCAGCUUCCCCAGUACUCCAUCCUAGGUCUCCAUUGGUCUCCUGAAGAAGACUGUUUCUGUUACGCUUUCAACCCCCCGUCUGAAAAGCUGACUAAGCGCUCCGUGCUCAGCUUUAUUGCCAAACUAUAUGACCCCUGCGGAUUUUUGUCCCCAUUAAUCAUGGUAGCAAAAUGCUUCAUGCAAUUACUAUGGACUCAAGGUCUUGAUUGGGACGACCAUCUCCCUUCUGAUCUCGCACAUAAGUGGCAUGUGUUCACUAGUAACACUAAAGACCACCUCGGUCAAAUUAAGAUCCCCCGAGCAUUUCCGCUCGCUCACUCCUCUGAUAUCGAGCUUCACGGUUUCUGUGAUGCAUCGGAAUGCGGUUAUGCCGCGGUAGUGUAUUUCCGGUGUGAAUCUAGUGACAAAACAGUCAUUGUGAAACAAAUAUUGUCUAAGACUCGUGUUGCCCCGUUAAAAAAGAAACUCACCCCCUUCCUCGACCCUAAUGGUCUCAUACGCGUCGGUGGCCGAUUGUCACAUUGUUCGCUUGCUCAUGACAUCCGUCACCCUAUUGUUCUACCCAAGUCUCAUACUGUAGUGAAUUUGCUUAUAGACUUUUACCACCAGGCUUCAUUGCCGCUCUCACACGUUUUGUGUCGAGACGCGGACUCUGUUCCGAUCUGUAUUCUGACUGCGGAACCAACUUUGUUGGUGCAAACUCGGAAUUACGCAAGGUAA